AAGACCCAUUUCUCUCUCUACCCUUCAUUUAAUAGGCCUGAACUCAUCCUCCUCUCCCUUUUCACGAAUACGGCAAAAAAUCUUUCAUUCUCUCUCUAGGAAUUAUACCUCUGCAAACUUAAAAUGCACAAUCCUCCAGUAUUCUUCCUCUUUUUUCACUGUUUUAUUCCCUGUGCCACUUUCCUGUUUUGGACACUGAAAUUCCUUUACAUCCAUCUGCCUCUUAAGGAAGUAUUAUAGCUCCUCCCUGCACCUCCUCUCUCUCUCUCUCUCUCUCUCUCUCUCUCUCUCUCUAUCUCUCUCUCUUCUCUAUUCUCUAUGGUUUUGUGCACUCUUUAUUACAUCAAUUGGUAUCAUAAGGCACUCAUGACCUAAUCACAACUCAUUUCUCUAUAUUUAUCUAACUUCACCUCCUCUCCCUUUUGCUCUUCUCUGCUACUUUCUCUCAAUUAUUUCACUAUCUUCUCUCGCUGGUCGACUCCUUAAUUUCCCUUUACUUAUCUAUUCAAUCUUCACCACUCACUUCCUUGUAUGACCUGUUCAUCUCACUUUCCUCUCCAAUGACAACUGCAACCACCGCCACCAACUUUCCUGACCUCUCUCUUCAAAUCAGUCCUCCGGCGAUCUCCUUCGCCGCAGAUUCAAGGCAUUUCUAUGGAUCCCUCAGUAGUUCCACAACUGAUGAGGCAGAUCCAACUCUGAGUCUGGUCCUCGAGGCCAUAUCAUCGCCGGCGCCAACGACGAACAAGCCCAAUCUUAAUAACAGUACUCAUAUCAAUGGAUUCAAGAGGAGUUCUAGAACUGGGCAUGGAGGGAAGAGAAGCAGUCGUGCGCCGAGGAUGCGGUGGACGACUUCACUCCAUGCCCACUUCGUCCAUGCCGUCCAGCUUCUGGGCGGCCAUGAGAGAGCUACGCCAAAAUCUGUGUUAGAGCUAAUGAAUGUGAAGGAUCUAACACUUGCACAUGUUAAGAGCCAUCUCCAGAUGUAUAGAACUGUGAAGACGACAGACAGAGGAGGAGCUGCCACUGGACAAGGGCGAGGGCAGUCAGAAAUGGGGCUGAGCCAAAUGCUAGAAGUGGAGGGAGAGCUGCCAUUUGAUCAAAAAGCUGGAAUCAACUCUUCUUCUUAUUCCCUCAGUGCACCAACUCCACCUACGCCACUGCACAGAGAGCCUUACUUUUUCUCAGAAGAAAAUGGUUGGAAUUCAUCAUUGAUGAGAAGAGUGCCAUCACUUACACUGCUUAGAAGUGACAGCUUCCAAUGCAAAGAAAAUCAACAGCAGGAAAAAUGGGGAAAAGAAGAUAGAGCCUUAAAUUCAUCAAUGCAGCUGCAAAUGGAGGAAAGAAAUAUGGCUAAGGAGAGGCUCAUCUCGUCUGAUAGCAGCAAGCUCAUGAUGAAGAAAAUGCCUGACCUGGAGAUCACUUUGGGAAGACAGAGCUGGCAAUUGGAAUACACUGACUCUUCAAAUGUUGAACUGACUCUUCUCAAGUGUUUGUGAGAUUGAAUUUUUUUUUUUUUUUUUCAGUUAGGAUGAAAAUUAAUGAAGAAAAAAACUUGUUUUGCUGUGUUGAAGCUGCAUUGUGGUUUGUUUGUAGUCUAGAAUUUGAGGAAAAGAAAGAAAGUUAGUGAUUGAUUCAGACUUCUA